AUGCUCAAAAGAUUGGGAUUCAGCACGUCGGCGCCUCCAAAGGGCCUUAAAUGGCGCUCCAACACUUACUUCAUCGUUUUUACUGUUGGUAUGGGCGCCUUCACCGACCUAUUCUUGUAUGGCUUGAUCGUACCAAUAUUGCCCUUCAUGCUCAAAGACAGGGUCAAUAUACCUGAUUCGGAAAUCCAAAGCACUGUUUCGAAUUUACUGGCUAUCUACGCGGCGGCGUCAGUUGCAGCAUCGCCAAUCGCCGGCAUUCUCGCCGACAAAUUUUCCAAGACUCGACAACUUCCCUUCGUCCUGGGACUUUUGAUGCUAGUUUGUGCCACCAUUCUCCUUGCGGUAGGCCAGAGUGUUGCGGUGCUCGCUCUCGCAAGGUUUCUGCAAGGUGCAAGUGGUGGCGUCGUGUGGACGAUCGGCCUAGCCAUCAUUAUUGAGACUGUGGGCCAGGAAAACCUAGGCAAGACGAUGGGCACUGUGUUCAGCUUUAUCUCGGUCGCUAGCCUCUUCUCUCCAAUAUGCGGAGGCGCGCUCUAUGCCAAAACUGGCUAUCAAGGUGUGUUCGGCGCGGGCAUUGGCUUGGUCGUGGUAGAUUUCAUUCUUCGUAUGCUCAUGGUGGAGAAAAAGGUGGCCGCCAAAUACGACUCACACUCACCCCGGGGACACGAAGAAGAAGCCAGUGGCGACACUGAACAGAGCCCAUUACUCCCCGAUACAUUGACCGCACACAAGCGAUAUAAGUUGGGAAGACCUGCAAACCGCAUCACUCGAGCUUUACCUAUUCUCCUCCUCUCCUGCGAUCCUGGUCUCGUCACGGCGAUCUGGGUAGCUUUUAUGCAAGCUUUCCUUCUUGGAUCCUUUGACGCCACGGUGCCACUGGUCGCAUCGGAGCAAUUUGGCUUUAAUAGUCUAAAAGCUGGGCUGCUCUUCUUACCUCUAGGCGGUGCUGACUUUCUCCUCGGGCCGGUUUUUGGAUAUUGUGUCGAUCGAUAUGACUCAUCUCUCACCGAGCCACUUAGCAAUAUCCGCCAUAUCGCGCUUUAUGCCGGGCUUCUGGGUGCGAAUGGCGUGGGACUCGCGAUCAUCAACAGUCCGUCGAUUGUCGAAGCCGGUAACAUUGUAGAAAAGUACCGGCAAGCCAAUGAGGACACAUUUGUGGAAGCACCGUACGCACAGCUGUACGGUAUAAAUAGCAUGGUUUUCAGCGCCGGCCUAACCCUUGGUCCCCUACUUGCGGGUCACCUCAGGGAGAAAAUCGGUUAUGGCAAUAUGAACGCUACGCUUGCCGGCAUCUGCGGUUUGACAGCAGUCCUUGCUGGCGCCUACAUGGGCAGGAAAGAAGAGAGCCUCACCGACCAGGAAGAUUGA